AAAACAGGACCCCCUAGGUAGGAAAGUGACCGAGUAUAUGCCAUGUGUCACCCAAGAUUCCAAAUCAUAAAGACUCACCCACAAACCACCCCAUUUCCCACCAGUCAGUCUUUUCCACACCCAAAAACCUGCAUCAAUCGCAUUCCACAACCCCUUUUUCACACAGAUCCGAAAAUCCCUCUAUUCUCGCACACCUCACUCUCUCAUCAUUCCAAAUAACCCCAUUUCAUUUGUCUGAUCACAAACUAUAUAAUAAUAAUAAUCUCAUAAAAAUUGAGUCUUUUUGAGUCUUGACCCAUUGACGUUGUGGGAAUCUCCCAUAAUCCCUUCUCAUUCGCUUCAAUUUUGACAAAAGUUUCCAACUUUCGAUCUGUGUAUUCGUCUUUAUUUCGUUUCCGAUUUUCUUUCUAUUGUAUUUACGGAUCUUGAAUUGGUUUUGGUCCGUAUUUUGGAAUUUAGGGUUUUGAUUGUUUUGUUUUAAAGAUUGAUAAUGCAAUUAGGAACUUUGGGUUUUGAGGUGGUUGUAAUUGGUUAUGGUUUUUGGGUAUUAUGAGUAUUAUGGAUCUGAUAUAUUUGAUAUGUAUAGUGGAGGUGUGUCAAUGAUUUUGAUGGUUUUUUGAUUGGUUUUGAGGUGAAUUAGUGUUAGUAAUGGGGUGCAUUUGCGCGAAAGGGAUUUCGGCGAAUGAGUAUGUGGAGAAAGAGUCAAAGAGAUCGUCGAAACGGUUUCUCGGUGGUUCUUCGAGACGGGACGAGGUUGCAACGGUCGAUAAUGGCGGUAACGAUGCGACUGCUCGCCUUAUUUCCGAAGGUAACAGUAACACAGAAACUGCAUCGAGUUUAGGACAGACAUUGUGGGAUGAGGGUGAGAGGAAUAAGAAUAGGAAUAGGAAUAGUGUUGUGGUUUAUGAGAAACCAGUGGUGCAACCACUCGUGCAAACGGGUCAAAAACCGGUGAAAGUUGAGACUAGUAGGAACGGUGGGGUGCCGGAGAUAUCUAGAGUGUUUAACGUUGCGAAUGGGGUUGAUGGCGCACAAGAUGCUGCUGGUUGGCCAGCUUGGUUGACUGCGGUUGCGGGGGAAGCGAUCAAAGGAUGGUUGCCCCGAAGAGCUGACUCGUUCGAGAAGUUAGAAAAGAUUGGGCAGGGGACUUACAGCAGCGUGUACAGAGCUCGUGAUCUUGAAACUGGAAAUAUUGUUGCGUUAAAGAAAGUACGUUUUGCUAAAAUGGAUCCAGAAAGUGUUCGUUUUAUGGCAAGAGAAAUCAUUGUUCUUCGUCGGUUAGAUCAUCCAAACGUGAUGAAGCUUGAAGGUUUACUAACGUCCCGUGUGUCGGGAAACUUGUAUCUUGUAUUUGAGUACAUGGACCAUGAUCUUGCUGGGCUUGCCGCAUCCCCUAUGGUUAAGUUUACUGAACCGCAGAUCAAAUGUUACAUGCAUCAGUUACUUUGCGGUUUAGAACAUUGUCACAAUCGUGGGGUCUUGCAUCGUGACAUCAAGGGGUCAAAUCUCUUGAUCGACAGCAACGGGAAUCUAAAAAUCGGUGACUUUGGGCUGGCCACCAUUUUUAACGGCAAUCACCGACAACCUUUGACCAGUCGGGUCGUUACGUUGUGGUAUCGGCCACCUGAGCUUUUAUUAGGUUCGACCGAUUACGGAGUAGCCGUUGAUUUAUGGAGUGCUGGUUGCAUUCUGGCGGAACUCUUUGCUGGCAAGCCUAUAAUGCCCGGAAGAACAGAGGUGGAACAACUACAUAAAAUUUUUAAACUUUGCGGUUCACCAUCUGAAGAGUAUUGGAGAAAAUCAAGGUUGCCACACGCUACAAUUUUCAAACCGCAACAGCCUUACAAACGCUGCGUGUCCGACACAUUUAAGGAUUUCCCACCAUCGGCUUUGGCGCUUCUGGAUUCUCUUCUUGCAGUCGAACCUAACAAUCGGGGAUCUUCAUCGUCUGCACUGCAAAGUGAGUUCUUCACAACAAAGCCGUUUCCUUGCCAUCCUUCAACGUUGCCCAAGUACCCACCAAGUAAGGAGUAUGAUGCCAAAUUGCGGGAUGAUGAAUUAAGACGGAAUAAGUCGGGGGCUGGGAAAGCGCGUGGAGUGGAACCAUCAAGAAAGGGUACGCGAGAAUCCAGAGCUCAGCCGGAACCUGAUGCUAAUGCAGAAUUGCAUGCGUCCAUAAAGCGGCUAGAACAACAAAACUCUAAAAGUAGUAGUGAGAAAUUCAACCACGACGAAGAUGGCGGUUCAGGGUUCCCUAUUGAGCCGUCCAGAGGAUCAUUUAACAACGGCGUCUAUAACAGUCGGUUUAAACAACCAGAAAAAUCAGAUGAAUCUCAAAUCGGGCCGGAUUCAUCCCACCAUUAUAAACACCGUGGGGCCCAAUUGUCACGGUUCUCGAAUUCAUUAGCUUGGCAUGGUAGUUCAAGGUUGGACCAUAGCAAAGGUACCAGCGCACAUUGGCCCGAAGAUCGUCCAAAUGGAAAGUACCAUCAAUUAAACGAUGCUGAAUCAUCAUCACACCUUAUGCUAGAUGACCCGAAUUCUUCUUACAAGAAGCAUGAACAUGCACCCGUAAAGGGUUUUGCUCCGAAGAAAAACCGGAUCCAUUAUUCGGGGCCAUUAGUCCCGCAAGGCGGAAAUAUGGAUGAAAUGCUUAAAGAGCACGAAAGACAAAUUCAACAUGCUGUUCGUAAAGCGCGUCUUGACAAAACCAAGGCCAAAAAGGGCUAUGCUGAUAAUGGUCAAAGGGAAUCGUUACUGCGUUACGCAUGAAUUCAUUAAGUCCAUAAACACCAUUGUUCAUGGGGUUGGCAAACCGUGAAGAAGUUCCAAGUGUUGAAGAUCCGAAACCGGGCUUCUAAGUUGCUCAAAUGUUUUUGGUUUUUUUUUUUUUUUUAAUAUGGAUUCAGGGGGUUUUUCUCUUGUACAGGUUUAGGCUGGUUGAAAUAAUUUAAAAUUUAAAAGGUCAAAAAAUAUAUUUUAGGGAAAUAUUUGGUGGUCAGUUCUGCUUUUCUGGUAAGCUCAUACAUAACACAACAAUUCAUGUAACCUUUUCUUUUUGUUAGGUGGCGACAUGCCCUAAUGAGAACAAGUACAGGCAGAUUAUCUUUUCA